UAAACUAAAAGCAGAAACAACGACAAUUCAGCCUUUCCACCUUUCGCAAAAUAUUGACCUGGCAAGUGCUGAGAGAAGCACAUGCAUGCUAUAGGUAAUUUUGAACCAUACAAUUAUUUCCUGAACAGCAUUUUCCCAGCAGCGACGACCUCGAUUUUGUCACCAAGAGAUUUUUAUCAUGGACGAUUUUAAUAGCGAAACUGAUAGCGAUUAUACUAGUUACUGGAGAGAUUGGGUAUGUUAUUCUUUUUUAUUCUUUUGAUUUGCGAUUUUUGGGUUCUGGGGAGGUUUGGGAGGACGGACUGGCUCGAGGCUUGAGAUUUGUGCCAUUUCGUGCGCAUCGCUCCUCCGCGUUUUAUGGAUGAGGAAAUCGCUCCUUCCCGCCGAUUACGCUUCUCUUCGAAAAGACCUUUGGUUUGCGGUACGGAUAAUGUCGAGGAAGGUAUCGAUCGAUCGAUAUAGAAGGGUUGGAGGAAGCUUAUGAUAAAAGUGAAUGGGACCACGCCUCUCGAAGAUGAUCUUCUGCGAUUUCUUUUUCAAACUGCUAUCUCACCGAUCAUUGUGAAAGUGGAAUUAUUAUCUCUGCUCGACCACGCAUGAUGAUCUCUGGUCUGUUUCAUGCGGGUGAUCGUCAAAUCCUGGAAUCAAGUCCAUCACCAGGUCCUCUGCCAACUCUCUCACGCAGACGGGGUAAGAGAGGCAAGAGAGGCAAGAAAGGCAAGAAAGGCAAGAGAGGCAAGAAACGUCGAGCUUCAGAAGUAGAGGGUCUUGAGAGUCCAGUACGCAAACCAUUUGGCUGUUUCCGUUCGAAGGCAAAUAUCAAAGUAAUGGAUAACCUUGAUCUUUUGCCAACCAUUUCCGAACGUGCUCUUCACGCAACAACGCCAGUUGACUAUGCUCCGGAGAGUCUUGAGCGCGGCGAUGUAUCAAAUGGCAGUAACCUCGAAAACGAUGCCAGCUCUUUCGCCACGUACAUACCUUACAAACAUGGGGUUCUUGGCCAUAUUUCAUAUCAGUUUACAUACAUGGAAGGGUAUAUCUGCUAAUACUUUCCUUUUUUAGUUUAUUUCAUCUCGCGGUAAUGAGUACUUUUGCGAAAUUGACGAAGAUUAUCUCACCGAUCGGUUCAACCUUACAGGGCUUCAAACUGAAGUUCAAUAUUAUCAAUAUGCGUUGGAUUUAGUUACGGAUGUCUUUGACUUGGAUUGUGACGAUGAUAUGAGAGAGACAAUUGAGAAGUCGGCAAGACAUUUAUAUGGUUUAGUCCAUGCUCGUUAUAUCGUCACUACUAGAGGAUUGGCCAAAAUGGUGAGUACUUGAUUCAUCUUGACCUUAAGACUAUACUAAUCAUAAUAUUUUCCAGCUUGAAAAAUACAAGAAAGCCGACUUUGGAAAAUGUCCUCGAGUUAUGUGUAAAUCGCAUCCACUUCUCCCAAUGGGUCAAAGCGACAAUCCAAAUGUCAAAGCUGUUAAACUUUACUGCUCUCGUUGCGAAGAUAUCUAUAAUCCUAAAUCCUCUCGACAUUCUGCAAUUGAUGGCGCAUAUUUCGGUACUUCAUUUCAUAAUAUUUUAUUCCAGGUUUAUCCAGCGAUGAUCCCAGCUAAAAGUUUCGAUCGAUACGUACCACGAAUUUAUGGAUUUAAAGUUCAUGCGCCUGCGACUUUGAUCAGAUGGCAAAAUGGAGAGAGGGAUGAGAUGAGAAGACGAUUAAGGAAGUUGGACAUUGAUAGCGGAUUUAAGGAAGAGGAUGGUGAGGAAGUAGAUGAUAGUGAAGAGGAAGAAGAAGAAGAGGAAGAACUUGAUGCAUUGGAAAAGACGUUGGAGAAUGGACAAGCUGAUGGAGAUGUUAGGGUGGGAGCUUAGAUUAUGUGUCUUGAGAGGAUAUUCGAAACGAAUGAAGGAAUAUGGAUAUGGAUAUGGGGAUAAGAAAGGAAUUCGUCUGUUUUAUCCGUGUAAGGAAGUAAUGUCUUUACUUCUUGAAUGUUUCUAGGGAAAGUAUGAGGUAGCCAUGAAUAAAUAAAUAAAUGGAUGCAAGGAUGAAUGGAUGGAUGGUUGGUUGGAAGGAUGGAAAGAUGCAUUACGGGAGUCUAGAGUCUAGCUUGGGCGCAUAUUAUAUCAUAUUUCGUUCUUCCUCGUAUGAUAUGAUAUGAUAUAGUAUGCUAUUGUAUCGUAUGAUAUCGUAUCAUAUGGUCUUAUUGCUCAAGUGGACAGGAAGUUGUAAGAGAAUUACCUUGUGGGUGCAUGGUUAGAGAUGAAUGGGGG